UGUCACUCCCGCUCCUCUGAAGGUGUCUGGAGUUUUUUGGACUUCAUAUUGUCUGUGCCUCACUGAGUGUUCCACUUCUGCUUGAUCCGGGACACGUGGAGCUGAAGUUUCAGGAACAUCUGGACAGUGUUUGCUUCAGAAUGGUGAGAAAUCUGUGGAUGAUAUAAAUUAAGUUUGUUUUUUACAGAGCUUUUUGCUUCCAUAACUUAGAAAGGAGGGUGGAACCUACUAACACUAGCAAAAAUACCAUGUAUACAGAGGCAGAAGCGCAGAAACUCGGUGUGACGGGCUGGGUAAAGAACACUAGACAGGGCACUGUGGUGGGACAGGUGCAGGGACAUCCUGAAAAAGUUAAAGAAAUGAAGUACUGGCUCAGUCAGGUGGGCAGUCCCAGCUCUGGAAUCCACCGCGCUCAGUUCACCAAUGAGAAACCAAUCUCUAAACUGGAGAUUCAUGGAUUUGGCACUCGUUACUGAAACCCAGCCAGACCAAAGAGCCAGGCAAACAACAAACACAAAUACUUGGUAGAUAGUUUACAAGAACACUUUAUAAGAAAAACAAAACCUUUACCCCAUAAUUAUAAUUUGUUGUUUAUAUUUAUUAGCAUAUGAUUGUAAAUAUGAAUAAUUUGUUUGAUGCUAUGCAACUUUCUGGAAGCAAAACGCAAAUUUAAGAGUUCAGUAUGAUUUUAUCUGAUUCAUCAAUUCAAACUCAAUAUGAAAGAUAAUAAAAUAUAAAAUAUUGUAGUGGAUUUUUAUCUUAG